AUGGUGGCUUCGCUCACUGAUUCCGAUGAAUUUGCGCGUAACUUUCUGAAGAAUUUCCUCCUCGGUGUAAUGUCGAUUCCCGUGUGCAUGGUGCUUCAAAACAAAUCUGUGGCGUUUUGGGUCGCGAUACUCAUCUUCUUGGCAGGCGUAUCUGGGAUAUUCAUCUCAACCUUCAUAGAAAGUGUAUUGAAGUCCAUGACGUUAAAGAAUUGCUUCAAAGAGUCUUAUUAUGCUGCUUCUGCAUUCAUUCGUGGAGGUUCCCUUCCAAUUCUUCUUGGAUUCUUGGCUCAGGAUCGUAUACAUCGUAUAGUUAAUUUGAUUCUCUCCUCCGGGAUGAUAUCUGCUCGUGCGAUCUACGAUUGGUCUGAUAAUGGUACUAAACGAAGAAAGACUCUUGUGUCUCUUUGGUGGGUUUGGUUUAUGGUGAUGAUCGGAACUGCAAUCUUAGUCGGUCUUGCCGAUUUAGUCGACUAA